GUAUCAGACGUUCCAAAGACGCGUCGGGGGAUCCAUCGCUUUAAAUACCGAACCCCGAGAAAAUGCGCUAGCGGCCGGAGAGCGGCUGAGAGAGGAAACCGACAACGAUGAACGGCGAUGACGAGUUCUUUGACGCCGUAACAGGCACCGAGUCUGACAAUUCUUCCGGGGAGUUUGCGGAGACCAGCCAGAGGAGCGCUGAGAUGACGCUCGCAGAUCAAAACUCCGCGGCCAGGGGGGAAAGGGGUCCGCAGGAGAAUGGAGUGAAGAAACACCGGACCUCCCUGCCGGCCCCCAUGUUUUCCAGGAAUAAUUUCAGCAUUUGGAGCAUUUUAAAGAAAUGCAUCGGUCUGGAACUAUCGAAAAUCACAAUGCCGAUCGUCUUUAACGAGCCCCUGAGCUUCCUGCAGAGAAUCACCGAGUACAUGGAACACACGUACCUGAUUGACAAGGCUUGUGCCUGCGCGGACCCGCUGCUCAGAAUGCAGAGCGUGGCUGCUUUUGUGGUCUCUGCGGUCGCGUCUCAAUGGGAGAGAACUGGGAAACCAUUUAACCCGCUGCUGGGAGAAACCUAUGAGCUGAUAAGGGAAGACUUGGGGUUCAGGUUUGUCUCCGAGCAAGUCAGCCACCACCCCCCCAUUAGUGCCUUCUACUCGGAGGGUCUCAAUAAGGACUUCAUCUUUCACGGCUCCAUCUAUCCGAAGCUGAAGUUUUGGGGGAAGAGUGUGGAGGCCGAGCCGAAAGGAACCAAUACCCUGGAGCUUGUGAAACACCAAGAGGCCUAUACAUGGACGAACCCAACCUGCUGCGUCCACAAUGUGAUCAUCGGCAAGCUGUGGAUCGAGCAGUACGGCACGGUGGAAAUUGUGAACCACAGAACUGGAGAUAAAUGCAUCCUGAACUUCAGACCCUGCGGCCUGUUUGGGAAGGAACUCCACAGGGUGGAAGGAUAUAUCCAGGACAAGAAUAAGAAGAAGCUGUGUGUGAUUUACGGAAAGUGGACCGAGUGUUUGUGGAGCGUGGAUCCAGCCACUUACGAGAACUACAAGAAAUCCGACAAGAGAGGAGGGGAACAGAAAAAGCCCAAGCAGAACGAGGUGAGGCCGGAGGAGGACGAGGAGGACAGCAUGCCGGAGGUGCAGGAGACGGUGCAGGUCGUGCCGGGGAGUAAACUCCUGUGGAGGAUCGCUACACGGCCACCCAAUUCCUCCCAGAUGUACAACUUUACCAACUUUGCCAUGGCUCUCAACGAGUUGGAUAAACAACUAGAAGACACUUUAGCGCCAACAGACUGCCGCCUGCGCCCAGAUAUUAGGAGCAUGGAGAACGGGGACUUAGAUCAGGCCGGUAAGGAGAAGGAGAGAUUGGAAGAGAAGCAGAGAGCGGCAAGAAAAGAAAGAGCCCAAAACACUGAACAAUGGAGAACAAGAUGGUUUACCCAAGGAAAUAACCCGCACACCAGAACGUCCGACUGGCUCUAUACAGGAAAAUACUUCGAUAGAAAUUUCACGGACUGCCCUGAUAUUUAUUGACGUUUCUCCCGCUCCUCGGGAUCCCCGUUUCACCUUCAGACUUAAAAGUCAUACGGACAUUUGCACCGGAGCGUCAGCUCGCUAACUGUGUCUACGGCUAAACAGACAUAUAUAUAUAUAAAUAUAAAUAUUCCGUAGGUUUAUUUUUUGGGGGGAUAACGGAACAAUUUAAGGAAAACAAAAUUGUAUAGCAGAGGGGGGAUUAUUUAAUUACUGCGGGUUGCCAAAGAGAAACACAUUAGCGCCAUCCGUCGGUAUGUGUCCAGGAGAAGCUGCGCAUGUAUACGGAUUUAGAUUUCUAGGUUACAAUAAAUCAGGCUAUGGGUCGGGGAAACGUAACCUAAAUUAUGAUUUAUUUGGAUUUUAUAUAAGGGGCGAUUAACACUGAUUUUGAUGAAUGGUUUCCGGUAUCACUUAGUGCGUAGGCAGUAGAGCAGAAUUGGGGUGUUAGAGCGACUGGUUGUGAGAUUAUAAAAUUAUGCUUUAAGUCUCAGCUGAGCCAGAAAUUCCUCUUUUUAGCAGAAAAAAGAAAAA